UUCUAUUCUCAUUACCCUUUUUAUUCAUUUUCUUACUGUAUUCUCUAGUUUCCAAAAGCACUUUUCUUUCACAAACUUUGAAGGAAAAAAAGUAUUCCUAUUAUUCUUUGCUUAAAAUUUCAAAAAUCUAAACACAAAUAAUACAAAAAUAAAAAGGAAGAAGAGAGAGAGAGAGAGAGAGAGAGAGAGAUGUUGAAGGAUAUCAUUAAGGCAAUCUCCGGUGACAAUGAGGAGGAGGGGAAGAAGAUCAGAGGAAGUGUGGUUCUGAUGAAGAAAAAUGUGUUGGAUUUCAAUGACUUCAACGCCUCCAUUCUGGAUCGUUUUCAUGAGCUAGUAGGCAAAGGAGUCUCUAUUCAACUUAUUAGCUCUGUUCAUGGCGACCCUGAAAAUGGGUUGCAAGGGAAGCUGGGAAAAGCAGCAUACUUGGAGGACUGGAUAACAACCAUUACCCCAUUGACAGCAGGAGAGUCUGCAUUUAAGGUCACUUUUGACUUGGAAGAUAAUGAUAUAGGAGUUGCAGGGGCUUUUUCGAUAAGAAAUAAUCACCACAGUGAAUUCUACCUCAAGACACUCACACUUGAUUAUCCUGAUCAAACUAGGGUCCAUUUUGUUUGCAACUCAUGGGUGUACCCGGCUAAACGUUACCAAAAAGAUCGUAUUUUCUUCACCAAUAAUACAUAUCUUCCAAGUGAAACACCAUCUCCACUGCUCAAAUACAGAGAAGAAGAGCUACUUAGCUUAAGAGGAAAUAGAGAAGGAGAGCUUCAAGAGUGGGAUAGAGUAUAUGACUAUGCUUAUUACAAUGAUUUGGCCAAUCCAGAUAAGGGCCCUGAGUAUGCUCGUCCAGUUCUUGGAGGGUCUAGUGAGUACCCUUAUCCUCGUAGAGGAAGAACUGGAAGACCACCAACUAAGACAGAUCCUAACACAGAGAGCAGGUUGCCGAUUCUUAUGAGUUUGAACAUUUAUGUUCCAAGAGAUGAGAGAUUUGGGCAUCUAAAGAUGUCUGACUUCCUUGCUUAUGCUCUUAAAUCUGUAGCACAAGUCAUUAAACCUGAGUUAGAAUCCAAGUUUGACAACACUCCUUCUGAGUUUGAUAGCUUCCAAGAUGUGUUGAAUAUGUAUGAUGGAGGGAUUGAGCUGCCUAAAGGGUUGGUUGAUGACAUUAGAGAAAACAUACCUGCUGAGAUGCUUAAAGAAAUUUUUAGAACAGAUGGUGAAAGACUCCUCAAAUACCCUCUUCCUCAAGUUCUUAAAGAGAGUAGGUCUGCUUGGAGGACUGAUGAAGAAUUUGCAAGAGAAAUGUUGGCUGGAGUUAACCCCGUUUCCAUUAGUCUUCUCCAAGAAUUUCCACCAGCAAGCAAGCUAGACAAAAACACUUAUGGUGAUCAAACAAGUACCAUAACUGAAGAACACAUCAAGAAUAACUUAGAUGGGCUCACUGUGAAUGAGGCACUUGAGAAGAACAAGUUGUUUAUAUUGAACCACCAUGAUAUGCUGUUCCCUUACCUGAGGAGGAUAAACUCAACUUCCUCAAAAAUCUAUGCAACAAGGACACUUCUUUUCUUGAAAAAUGAUGGCACUUUAAAGCCAUUGGCGAUCGAAUUAAGCUUGCCACAUCCAGAUGGUGAUCAAUUUGGUGUUGUUAGCAAAGUUUUCACUCCGACAAAAGAAGGUGUAGAGAGUCACAUUUGGCAGCUAGCUAAAGCCUAUGCUGCUGUAAAUGACUCUGGGGUUCAUCAACUCAUUAGUCAUUGGUUGAACACUCAUGCUGCCAUCGAGCCAUUUGUAAUAGCAACCAACAGGCAGCUAAGUGUUCUUCACCCAAUUCACAAGCUCUUGCAACCACAUUUUCGAGACACUAUGAAUAUCAACGCAUUUGCCAGACAGAUUCUCAUUAAUGCUGGAGGCAUUCUUGAAUUCACUGUCUUUCCAGCGAAGUAUGCCAUGGAAAUGAGUUCAGCAGUUUAUAAGAACUGGGUUUUCCCAGAGCAAGCUCUACCAGAAGAACUCAUGAAGCGAGGAAUGGCAGUGAAGGACUCAAGUGCGCCCCAUGGUCUUCGGCUACUGAUACAGGACUACCCUUAUGGUGUUGAUGGGCUUGAAAUAUGGUAUGCAAUCAAAACAUGGGUUGAAGACUACUGCUCUUUCUACUACAAGACUGAUGAAGCCAUUCAAAAAGACUCAGAGCUUCAAUCAUGGUGGAAAGAGGUUAGAGAAGAGGGUCACGGUGACAAGAAAAAUGAACCUUGGUGGCCCAAAAUGCAAACUCGUCAAGAGUUGAUUGACUCCUGCACCAUAAUCAUAUGGAUUGCUUCUGCCCUCCACGCAGCUGUCAACUUUGGACAGUACCCUUAUGCAGGUUACCUUCCAAACCGCCCCACACUAAGCAGACGGUUCAUGCCCGAAAAAGGUACUCCUGAGUAUGAAGAGCUUCAAUCUAAUCCUGAGAAGGCUUUCUUGAAGACAAUCACUGCUCAGCUUCCUACCCUUAUUGGGGUUGCUCUCAUUGAGAUUUUAUCAAGGCAUGCUUCUGAUGAGGUCUAUCUUGGUCAAAGAGACACUCCUCAAUGGACUUCAGACACAGCUCCAUUGGAGGCCUUUGAUAGAUUUGGUAAGAAACUUGCUGAGAUUGAAGAGAAAAUUAUGAAUAUGAACAAUGAUGAGAAACUUAAGAACAGAGUUGGACCAGUUAAGGUUCCUUACACUUUGCUUUAUCCUACUAGUGACGAGGGACUUACUGGGAAGGGAAUUCCCAAUAGUGUUUCAAUAUAAAAAGCAUACGAUCCCUUUGGUGUUUAGUAAUAUUAUAAUUAUGUAUAUCGUUUGUAAUCAUUUUAAGAAGGUUGGGUUUGUGUGUUUAAAAUAAAGGCACAUGCAUUGUGUAGUUCUAAUAUAUUUCAAAUAUUACUUUCAAUAUGGGUUGUCUUAUAAUAUUUUAUUCUUUCUUUUGAUUAUUAAUAAAUUUUAACAUAAAUAUUUUUAUUAAA